AUGUCCAACGCAACGCCAGUGACGUUCAAUGCGACCCUCUAUAACAACACCGACCUCUGCACACUCGACACUUGCCCUUUAGAUUGGGCCCAAGUCGACUAUGUCCCUUCUCUUCCCGGUAACCUCAUAUACGUCGCAAUCUUCGGCCUUGCAUUGCUAUUACAAAUCGCAUUCGGUGUCUACUACAAAACAUGGACUUAUAUGAUCGCCAUGAUUGGUGGUUUAGUUGGUGAAAUCAUCGGAUACAUUGGACGUGUGCAGAUGCAUUAUAAUCCUUUCCCUCAGACUCCAUUCCUUGAAUAUCUCGUCUGUUUAACGAUUGCCCCCGCUUUCCUCUCCGCCGCUAUCUACCUCUGCUUCUCGCGCAUUGUUAUCGUCUACGGCGGAAGAAUCUCCCGCUUCCGUCCCAAGACCUACACCUACCUCUUCAUUGCCGGGGACUUCAUCGCUCUCCUGCUUCAAGCAGCCGGAGGCGGUAUCGCCGCUAGCGCAUCAGGCUCCACACAACAGACCGGUAUCAACAUCAUGAUUGCCGGUGUGUCAUGGCAAGUGUUCAGUCUCGCCGUCUUCGCAGCCCUCUGCAUGGACUUUGCUCUUCGCGUCCGCCGUACGCAAUCCGUGGAUCUCAACCCGCAAUACGACGCCCUGCGCAUCUCGCGCUCGUUCAAGAUCUUCCUCUGGUCUCUCGGAAUCGCCACAUUGACCAUCUUCGUGCGUUCCGUGUUCCGUUGCGCUGAGCUUUCGGGAGGAUUCAACGGGUCUCUGGCUAAUAACGAGGUUACGUUUAUGGUUCUUGAGGGCGCGAUGAUCUCUAUUGCGGUUAUUGCGUUGACUUCAUUCCAUCCGGGAUUGAUCUGGAAGCGUGAAUGGCGUGAGUUGGCGAGGAGUAUGCGUGCACGCAAGGAUGGGAAGGAUUACCAGGCUGGUGCCUUGAUGUCGGCCUCCGAUGCUGAUCGCGAGAGUGGCUAUCAGAUGCGAUAG